AUGUCUUCCCGCAACCAAGAGAAAGGAAAAGGACGGCAGACAGUCUAUAGGAUUUCAAACGUUGGAUCAUCUUCACAUAAGUCUUCAGGCAAUAACAGAAAUUCUGAGGCAAGAGAUCACCAGCAGAAGAUUGUCCAGCCAGCGCCAGUACCACCGGUACAGCAUUACACAGGAAGACACAAGGAAGCCGAUAAUUCUCUUUACUACCAGGGGCAGUACCAGCAGCAGAAUUAUAUUGCAGCUGGACCGGCUCCUAAGUCUGAUGCAUCACCGCCUGUGUAUCGAGGAUCGUCUGUUGGUACUGGAAGCUUUUCUUACGCGGAAACAACAACUGAAGCAUCAGCAUCGUCUGGAUACAACUAUAGAGAUCAAAAUGUGCCUGAUGCAACAUCGUUCAAAGAUCCCUGGGAAGAAGCUGGUCUGGGUUACCUAAAGCCGCAAGUGGAAAAUAAAUCUUUCACACCGAACAGUUCUGAUUAUCCCAAUCUGCCAACUAAUCCCCUGGGCACUCCAAUCCCGUAUACAGGUACCCCGUCGGCUAACUAUCAGCACGUAACUACAAGAUUUCCUGCUUCAAUUCCCAUUUUCAAAGAUCAGGGAGAACUUCCUUAUGGAGUAGACGACUAUCCAAUCAAGUGGGAAUCGGGAUAUAAUCCCGAAUUCGACAAGAAUGAGCGCGGCCCUGUAGCAGCAUUAUGGGCUAGCGUUUGGCUUGAUAAUCAGCAAAUGCGAACUUGUUAUCUCUUUGACCAUGUGGAUCUUUAUCGACUUACCUACAUUGUUACGACUCUGUAUUCGACUGUUGAUUGCUACAAAAAUGAUCCGACAUGUAUCAAAAUUGCAACUUCCAUUCUCAAUAGUGCGGGUAGACCAAAUAGGUUUGGGUAUGUAAGUCGUUUUCGACCUCCCCCACAGGUUGGAUUCACUGAGGAUCAAGUCAGUGCGCUUUUUUGUAUUAUGGCGAAUAGACAUAACCGAAAGCGUGGUGCUGCAUUCGAAAUCUUAAGCGCGUGGAUAGAAAACAAUAAUAAAACGAUUACGAAAGCUCUAGGUACAGGGAAAAAGAAGGCUACCCAAGGGUAUCCAUACUGGACUCCUAAGAAGCUCGUGUCACGCCUACCAGAAGCUAUCAUGGGUCAUUUUGGCUACAACAAUGCCGCUGCUAUUGCGGAUAAGAGGCUUUGCUGGGAAUGGAGAGUUCCCUACUUCAUGUUCCGUGAGAAGGAUAUUGGACCUCGGACCAUUUGGUACACACCAAAGACUUACACCUACCCACCUAUACCUGCCCAAGCUCGCUUUUGGACCAACACAACCGCAGAGCAAGAAAACAUCCAUGAACAACAAUAUUUGCAGAGUGAUCCAGAUGAAGUGGAAGCCGCCCGGAAAAGAUUAGAGCAAGUCAGCUGGGGAGAUGAGAGUAGGUUGGACGCAGAACGGUUGGCAUUAGAUGAAGCAAACCGGUAUCACAAAGCGGGAGGGGGCGAGGGAUACAAUGUAGUCACUGUGGAACCUGAAAUUUGGGCUUCUAAACAUCCACGUGAACAAUCGAGCGCUCCCGCAUCUCAACAUGGUUACAGGCAGGUAUACUCGGAGGACAGUAAAGGGAACCCUUGCUAUAAAUGGGUACGUAAAGAGAAACGCUGA